AUGGCUAGACGGCCGCUACCAAAGACGAGGAAGGGCGCGCGGGCCCGCAAAAAGAAGCCGCGCGUCAUCCCGGAGCAGGAUCGUCGCAUCUGCGGCAGCAUCUGUCUGUGCCAGCUGACGGUAGUUGCCAGCUGCGUCGCCAUCGUCUAUCUGACGGUGGUCGUGUACCUACCGUCACACCGUGUCUUUAAAUCAAGCAUCAAUCCCGUACCUGUUAUGUGCCACACCGCCGAAACCAUCAUGAUGAAGACCAACUGUCCCUGGGCAUCAUGCGGCGAGUGGUGCCUCACCAGGACCACUGGAUUCUGCCCCCAGAUCCACGUCAUGGUGAGGCGCAAUGGAACAGAAAUCCUGUUCCAGGACUGUAUGAACAUCCACAACGUCGAUUGCCCCCAGGUUAAUCCCUCGUCACUUCCAAAAUUCAACUGUAACAACGGGUCGGAGUGUGGAGCGCUGACCGGCUUCUACUCGUGUAAAAACGGCCAUUGUGACGGCAUGUCGAAGAUGCACGAGUGUACCUACAAGGCGGAUGGCCUUGUCGUCGAUAGCGAGCGCGAAAACGUCAAGCUCAACGGCUACUUCCUCUGCAAGAAGGCCCGCUGUACCAAGUGGGCGUCGGAGGUGGGCGGAGAUCGCCUGCACCACAACAUUUUUGCUCCGGACUUAGCGCCCAGCGAGGGCUGUUAA